AUUUUUAAUUUUUUUUUUAUUUAAUAUUUUUAACUAAACAUUUUUAAUAAUUCGUCUAUCAAUUUUUUAACUAUAAUUCAUAUCUAGUACUUUUAUUCUGUGCUAAAUUAAACAUAUAUUUAUAUGAUAAUUGAAAAUAAAGUUUAAAAUUGCAAUUAAAGGAUUAUUGAUAACGCUAAGAAUUCAUUUGUUUUAAUAACAUGAAAUUACUAUCAGGGAUAUGGUUAUUGGUACUUUCUACAUUAAUAGACCGUCCAACGCAAAGUUUGACAACUUCAGAUAUUUUUAAAACCUUUUUGGUUAGCUCAGAAGAAAAAUUAUGCCCUCCUCAUGAAUUUCAUUGUCCAGAAAAUAAAUGUAUAAGUUCAAGUAAACGAUGUGACGGCAUUAAAGAUUGCACUGAAGGAGCAGAUGAAUUAAAUUGUGAAUCCGUAAAAUGUUUACCACCGGAUUAUUUCAAAUGCGCUCUUAGUAAACAGUGCAUAUCUAGCUUUUUUGUAUGUGAUAAAAGUAAGGAUUGCGAGGAUGGAUCAGAUGAAAUGGAAUGUCACGUUAAAAAUCCUACAAGACCAUGCUCGGAGGGAGAAUUUAAAUGUUCCAAUGGCGCUUGUAUUCCUGCGACAUGGCAUUGUGAUAGAAAUAUUGAUUGUGAUGACGGAAGUGAUGAAGAUAUGGAAAAAUGUAGAGAAAAGACUUCUUGUACAGAGGGGUUUUUAUGCAAAAAUUUGAACUGUGUGUCAACUGUCUGGCGCUGUGACGGUAAAGAUGACUGCGGAGAUGGUUCGGAUGAAACUGACUGUGAGUUACGGAUGAUCGAACCUGACCAAUGUUUAAACAUUAAUAGAAAGUUUUUAUGUCACGACAGAAAAAAAUGUAUUGACAUUGAAUCUGUCUGUAACAGUGUUAAUGAUUGUUUAGAUUCGUCAGAUGAAGGAGGAAUAUGUAAUACUCCUGCUGGCUUAGAAAAUGAUUGUAAAGCUGCCAAUUGUACUGGAAUAUAUCAAUGUUUAAGAAAACCACACGGAAUUAUGUGCGUUUGUCCAAAAGGAACAAAUUUUUCAAACAAUGCAUGUCAAGAUAUAAAUGAAUGUGAACAAUUUGGAGUAUGCGAUCAAUAUUGUACAAAUACUUUCGGUAGUAAAACAUGCUAUUGUGAUUCAGAUUAUGAACUUAAAGAUAAUCAUUCGUGUAAAAUUAAAGGAGAAGAACCAAUUCUAAUAUAUUCAUCAUUACGUCAAAUAAAAUCGUAUAAUCUGGUAACAAAUAAAAGCUUAAUACUCGUAGAUAAAUUACAACAAGCAACUGGUAUAGCAAUGGAUGACAUAAGUAUUUACUGGACUAUCAUAUACGAUGGAUCUCAGGCUAUUGUUCGGGCAUCAAAAAAAGAAGAAAAAAAACCAGAAAUCAUUGUAACUUCCGGACUCGGUACACCAGAGAACUUGGCUAUAGAUAGUAUAACACGUAAUUUAUACUUUACUGAUGCUAAAAUGAAACACAUAGGAGUUUGCAAUAAUGAUGGAACAGUUUGUACUGUACUUCAUAAUAAAGAUAUUGAUAAGCCUAGGGCAAUAGCUGUUUCGCCAGACGAUGGUUACAUGUAUUGGUCAGAUUGGGGAGACAGGCCCAUGAUUGCAAAAUCUGGUAUGGAUGGGUCUCAACCAACACCGUUUAUUACACAAGAUAUACAUUGGCCUAAUGGAAUACAUGUUGACUAUUUGGGUAAAAGAAUUUAUUGGGUUGAUGCUAAAAUGCAAAUGAUAGAAUCUUCAAAAUUUGAUGCUAGUGAUCGAAAAACUAUAUUAACCGAAUCAGUAGAACAUCCGUUUUCAGUAACAGUUUUUGAAGAUAAAUUGUAUUGGAGCGAUUGGUCUGGCAAAGAAAUUAAAGUUUGUAAUAAGUUCACUGGAAGAGGUGUUCAUAGUGUUGUGCGUGAAGCAAAGACUAGAAUUUAUGGAAUGCAAAUUUAUCAUCCUUCACUAUUCAAAGCUCAAAUACAUAAUCCAUGUGUCGAAGCAAAAUGUAGUGAUAUUUGUUUGCUGGCUCCAAAGAAAAAUGGAAGUACUAAAGGGUAUAUUUGCGCAUGUCCUGAUGAUAAAAUACUAACUCCAGGAGGAUUUUUAUGUGUUGAUAUUGCUUCACCUCCUACAUUAAUUGUUGGUACAACAAAUGGUCUUUUAGAAGUAGAACAUGAACACUUAGGGCGUCAAAAAAUUAUAGAAAUACCAUUAAAAAAUAAAAUACCAAGAAUUUCUGCCCUGGUUUAUAAUUCACUAACAGGAAAUAUCAUUAUAUUUGAUUCAAAAUCAAAAAAAAUAUCGACAUAUGAUUUACUCAAAAUGAAAUUAUCAGAUUUAGUAACAUCAGAAUUAGGUGUUAUACACUCAUUAAAAUUUGAUAACCAUGGAAAUAAUUUAUAUUGGUGUGACUGGACCAGAGGUACAUUAAAUGUUUUAAGUAUGACCACAAAAUCUCGAACAGUUCUUCUAAAAGAAUUAGAUGGACAUAUUCCUAUUGCCGUUGCUUUAGUACCGGAUCAAGGAUAUAUGUUUGUGGCUAUGAAAGAUGGGAGUCAUCUCCAUAUAGAUCGAAUCAAUAUGGAUGGUAAUGUUAAAACACUUGUACAUUCUGUUGAAGUUGGUUUACUUGAACAAGAGAUUAUUUUACAUUUUGAUACAGCCUCUAGAAGAUUAUAUUUCACAUACUUUCAAAAUGGAAUAAUUGAAAGUGUAAAUCAGGAUGGUUUGGAUAGAAAAAUCUUUAAAAAUGCCGGAUCAAUAGUCGAUAUUGUUUCAUUGGGUCAUGAAAUAUUUUGGGUUGAGAGAGGAUCAAAAUAUUUACAUUGGAUGGAUAAAAAUAGUGGUGAUCAGUCAUCACGCAUGAUUGAAAUGGAUGUUGAUAAUUGGUUACCUGACUCAAAGCUGUGCUUAACAGCUGUGAAUGGUAUAGAUAAAAAUAUACAACACCUGUGCUUACAAAAUAAUGGAGGUUGUAGCCAUUUAUGUUUAGUAUCUGGGAAAGGAAAGACUUGUGGUUGUCCUAUUGGAAUGGUUUUAUCAGAAAAUGGUCAAGAUUGUAUACCACUAAAACAAUGUUCUUCUGACGAAUUCCGAUGUUCUACUGGAGAAUGUAUUUUGUCCAGAUUUAGGUGUGAUCGUAAAAUUGAUUGUCCUCAUGGUGACGAUGAAGAUACCGUUCAAUGUGAACACUUUGUCUAUAAUUCCUGUCCUAAAUCACAAUUCAUGUGCCGUGAUCAAUCUCAGUGUUUGGACAAAAAAUUAUUAUGUAAUGGCAUUAAAGACUGCACAGAUGGAUCAGAUGAAAUGACUUGUGGGCCCAAGCAUUUGUGUGAUCCAACAACUGAGUUUUUAUGCACAACUGGAGAAUGUAUUGAACAAAGAUUUGUGUGUGAUGGAAAUUCAGAUUGCAGUAAUGGUCAAGAUGAAUAUAACUGUCAAAAUCAUACGUGUCAUCAUUUAGAGUUUAGAUGUAAUUCUGGAACUUGUAUUGCAGCAGCUUGGGAAUGUGAUGGAGAACCUGAUUGUAGUGACAGUUCUGAUGAACAUAAUAGUUGUCAUAUAAAAAAAUGUAAAGCGGAUCAAUAUACAUGCAGUAAUGGUAGAUGCAUAUCACAUAAAUUUACUUGCAAUGGUAAUGAUGACUGUGAAGAUAAUUCCGAUGAAAUAGGAUGUCCUCAUAGAUUUGCUUUUAAAUCAAAACCGAUAAAACAUUGUAAUGCAAAGAAUGAAUUUGAAUGUGAAAAUAUUCAUGGUCGAUGUGUGCCAAUAGAAGCAAGAUGUAAUGGAACAUCAGAAUGUAAAUUCUUUGAAGAUGAGCUGAAUUGUGGAUGUCAAAAAGAAGACUUUUUUGAAUGUGGCAAUAAACGUUGUGUUCCCAAUGCUUGGCUAUGUGAUAAAACUGAUGACUGUGGUGAUCUAACUGAUGAAAGUUCUAAAGCUUGUGAAUUGGUAACCCAGCAUAAUCCUGUCGCUUUAGAACAUUGUGAUGGUUAUUCAUGUAAAAACAACGAAUGCAUUCCUUUUUAUCUAGCUUGCAAUCACAAAGCUGAUUGCAAAGACGGGAGUGAUGAAGGGGAAUUAUGUGGUUUAUCAUGUGGACAUAGUAAUUGUACUCAUAAUUGUCAAGAGACGCCUAAGGGCGGACAAUGUAUGUGCCAUCACGGGUAUCAACUCUCUUCUGAUGGUAUUACGUGCAAAGAUAUAAAUGAGUGUGAUGAUAUUAAUACAUGUGCUCAAUUCUGUGCUAACGUUGACGGAUCAUAUAGUUGCUCUUGUCUUAACCCUUACUAUAUGUUGAGAGCUGAUAAACACUCUUGCAAAGCUACCGGAUCAAAUAUGAAUAUAGUAUUUUCUGCUGGGAAUCAAGUUAGAAGUACAUCUGGUGACUUGAAAGAAUUUAAAUUAGUAUUUUCAAAUCCUGGAGUUCAAGUAUCCAGUUUUGAUAUUGAUACACGAAGAAAUCUAAUUUAUUGGACUUCGGAAGAGUCUGGUAUAUUGGUUUGUAUGAAUAUGGAAGAAGAAAAUAAAAUUUUUAUGCAAGACUUAGAAAAUCCUGUGCUAGUACGUGUUGAUUGGUUAACAGAAAAUGUUUACUUUGUUGAAAAUCGACGAAAUAUUGUAAUUUGUAAUCUUAAUACAAAACGUUGUGCACAUAUUUAUAGUGCUAAUAUUCAUUCAAAAAUUACGGCAUUAGCUAUCGAUCCAUUGACAGGUUUCAUAUUUUGGGCCGAGGGCACUUGGUCUUUAUGGAAUUCUCCACAUUCUAUCAUUAGGCGCUCAGAUUGUAGUGGUCAUAAAGUUAAAACUAUUCUCGAUCAAGAUUUACAUGAAAUUACUGAUUUAACUUUAGAUCCUAUUAAACAAAUAGUUUACUGGGUUGAUAUGCCUGUUUCAACUAUUAACAGAGUACACUUUGAUGGGACAAAAAGAGAAAUGUUAAUAUAUACAGAUCACAUUCCAAAGUCCAUAUCAUUAUUUGAAGAUAAACUUUAUUGGUCUAACGAUGCAACUGGAUUUUCUAUUUUCAAAUGUAAGAUUCUAGCAACUUCAGAUAUAAAUUGUGAAUCGGUUAAUAUUCAAGUAUAUGAUCCUGUGGAAUUAUUUACUGUUAGCCAUCAGUCUAAACAAAUAAAUGCUACUAAUCCUUGUGAACAUGUUAAGUGUGAUUUCAUUUGUACACCAGGAUCUAAAGGUGCUAUGUGUGUGUGUGAAGAUGGAUCACAAGUUGAACCUGGUUCACCGUGUGAUGAUGCUGGUCAUCGGAAACAGCCUACGUUUAGAGACUUAACCGAAAGUAGUGAUAGUAAUAUUUCUAUGUACAUGGCAUUAUUUAUCCUACUAAUUUUAGGACUUUCGGGAUUUUAUUACUACAUGUAUCAUUACAAAAAGAAGCCAUUUAUUACAUUACCUGGAUUUCAUUUCCAUAAUCCAUUAUCAUCUGUUACUGAAGUAAUAGACAAUAGAAGAGUAAAUGUUCAACGCGUGCAACUGGAACCUGGUCAACAUGACUACGAAAAUCCAUUAUUAAAUGAGGAUAGCCUACAAGAUAUUGCUACUAAUGAAGUUGUUCUAAAUUACAAUGAUGCGAGAUCAGUUUAUGAUAGUGAAACUGAUUCACAACGAAAUUCUAUUGCAGAGUAUGGUGAUGAUCAAAGAAAAAAACUUAUAGCAUUUUAAACUAAUAUUUCAAAAAUUUAAAUUAUUAAUCCCAUAAAUGUGUAUUACCGUUUAAAUAUUAUAUAUUAUAUUUUGUUGUAUUUUAAAAAUUAUAUUAUUGAAUCUUAUUUUUUUACUAUAAUUAUUUUUAUUAUACAUUUAUAUUAUUUAUAAAUUAAUUUAGAACAAUUGUCAAUUUAUACAGUUAUUAAAAUAUCAACUAGUGCUAUUAUUGUUAUUUUUUAAUUUAUAA